AUCUCAAAGCAUUGACCUGCCUUCGCCGUUCCAAGUAGCGAGGUGGAGCAUCUGUCGAUCUCUCGAGGGUCGAGCGAACACAUGGAGAAGGGGAAGGGAUUAGCGCGGAGAUGGGCUGUGGAAUUCGCCGAGAAUUCGUAUUCUUCCUCGCCAGUGGACGUUCCAGAUCCAAUGGGUUUCAGCCGAUCUUCUUCUGAUCCCGAUGACGCCAAUGCCAGCCGGCAGAAGAAGGAGGCCGAAGCGGCUUGGAAGGCGCAGAAAGCUUGGGAAGUUGCUCAAGCACCCGUUAAAAACUUGUUGAUGAUGGGUUUUAUGAUGUGGAUGGCUGGAAGCACAGUUCAUUUGUUCAGUAUCGGCAUUACAUUUUCAGCCCUUUGGCAGCCAAUAAGCGCUCUUCAAGGUGUUGGAAAAGUUUUUGAACCCUACAAGGACCCAAGGGUAGAUACCCUUGCACCCAAAUUGCUUUUCAUUGCUCUUAACUUGGCUGGGCUGGUCCUAGGCAUCUGGAAGCUCAACACAUUGGGUCUUCUCCCAACACAUGCAUCAGAUUGGGUCUCUUCUUUACCUCCUGCAUCGGAAGUGGAAUACGCCGGUGGGGGCCUUCCAGUCCACUGAUACUUUUGAGCCAGCUUAUUGUUCAAGAAUCUCUUGCUACUCCGGUCAUUGCUAAUGUCGGUAUCGGGAACAAAUUCUUGGUAGCUUAGCAUCAGCUUGAAAGUUUAAUAUGGAUGCUUGGAUACGACGUAUAACAUGUUUGCAUUUGGCCUAUAGACCUGUUGUUGAGUAAGAUUAUUCUUUUGCUUAUCAUGUUAUUAAGUUUGAUGUCACAGAAACUCUCUAUUUGCGGGCAUUAGACAUAUAAAUGUACUUAUAUCUCGUUGAAAAUUAUCCAUCAGUCUUUUUUCUAUUA